AGACAAAACUUCUUUCUCCCCACUUACUUCACCUGAUCGCCAAGAAAGCACCUGAGUCGUCAGUACUGUUGAGGUGCCGCGACCGAAGAGCGUUGGACAAGCGCGUGUGGUGUGUGGUGUAUUUUGCUUGAUUUUUGACGCUGUUUAGUGAAACCUUGGAAUUUAUAAGCUUUAAACGAUCACGAGUGGGCUGUAUUCAUGUUAGUGACCAAGAGGUUUACCUCAGCGACCACCAAUCAAUUUUAGGGAAUGCUGAUUCGGAUACAGGCGACCUUUACGGUCGCCAUUGUGGCGCUUUUUAGGAUAAGUUUAGCACAGAAUUCGACUAGUAAUUUAUUCACAUGCCCCAAUGGAUGGGAAAUCAGAGGUCUCCAUUGUUAUAAGUUUUUCAACAUCAGGCAUUCUUGGGAAAAGGCAGCAGAGCUUUGCAGAAGGUAUGGCAGUGACUUGAUGUCAGUGGAAUCCUAUGGAGAAAACAAUUUAACUGCCACACUCGCCACAGCUUCAGUGCCUAUAGAACGACGAGGGGUCAGCCAUUAUUGGUUGGGUUUGGCAUCUCUGGAUGACCUCCGAACUAACACACUAGAAUCUGCGGCGGGGACCCUAGUUUCCCAAUAUUCUGGUUUCUGGUCGCGCCACCAACCCGACUCCAAAGCCGGAGAGUGCGUCGACGUCGCCGUCACCGAAGAGUCUCAAUCCUGGGAACUCACCACCUGCGAAAGCCUCCUCCCUUUCAUGUGCCGCUCCAAGGCCUGUCCUGCAGGAUCGUUCCAUUGUUCCAACGGUAACUGCAUCAACGAAAAAUUUCGAUGCGACAAACAAGACGACUGUGGAGAUAGUUCCGACGAAUUAGACUGUGCAGCAAACUGUAACUACUACUUAGCCAGCAGCGGAGACGUGGUUGAAAGCCCCUAUUAUCCACACAAAUACGCACCCCUUACGAAUUGUAAAUGGACCCUUGAAGGUCCACAAGGUCACAACAUUCUUCUACAGUUCCAAGAAUUCGAGACCGAAAAGACUUUUGAUACAGUACAAAUUUUAGUCGGAGGAAGGACUGAAGAUACCUCCGUUAAUUUAGCUACUCUGUCUGGGAAACAGGAUUUGACGAAUAGGUCGUUCGUUUCUGCGUCGAAUUUCAUGAUUAUUAAGUUUAGUACUGACGCGUCGGUUGAGCGAAAAGGGUUUAGAGCGUCGUGGAAGACGGAACCUCAGACGUGCGGUGGAAAAUUAAGAGCGACCCCACAACCACAAGUACUGACUUCCCCGGGGUAUCCAGAACAGUAUCCGGGUGGACUUGAAUGCUUAUACAUUAUUCAAGCUCAGAGUGGUAGAAUUAUUACUCUAGAAAUCGACGAUUUAGAUUUAGAUAACAUCAGGGACUAUAUUCUUGUCCGGGAUGGAGACUCUCCCAAAAAUCAACCUAUUGCACGUCUCACAGGAAACUCCGAAAAUAAUCAAAAAGUGGUUAUUUCAACCAACAACAAACUAUACUUGUAUUUCAAGACCAGUCUCGGUGAUUCUAACCGGGGCUUCAGAAUACGUUACACUCAAGGUUGUAGAGCUACCAUUGUGGCCCGUAAUGGUACAUUAAUGUCGCCAGCGUACGGUUUAAGCAACUAUCCCAGCAAUCAAGAUUGUUUGUACAAAAUUAGAAACCCAGGAGGAGGUCCAUUAUCACUGAACUUUGACAAUUUCGAGGUUGAUAAAUCCGACUUUGUGCAAGUUUACGAUGGUGCCACAACCAGCGGUUUACGACUCCAUGCCGGAAACGGCUUUACGGCAGCCUCUAAACCCAAAAUUACACUUACUGCAUCAAGUGGCGAAAUGUUGGUGCGAUUUACAACUGACGCUUUACACAACAGUGAAGGUUGGAUGGCCACUUUCUCCGCCGAUUGUCCUCAAUUGCAACCCGGUGUUGGUGCUAUGGCAUCAAGUAGAGAUACCGCUUUCGGUACCAUCAUAACAUUUAAUUGCCCCACUGGACAAGAAUUUGCAACCGGGCGUAACCGAAUAACCACUCAGUGUAUGCCUGGUGGAAACUGGUCUGUGAGCUACAUCCCCAAAUGUCAGGAAGUGUACUGUGGACCAGUUCCACAGAUUGACAACGGUUUCUCCAUCGGUUCGACAAAUGUGACGUACCGUGGACAAGCUAUGUACCAGUGUUACGCUGGUUUUGCGUUUCCAACGGGACAACCGAUCGAAAAAAUAUCCUGUCUUGCGGACGGUCGCUGGGAGAAAAAACCAAACUGUCUCGCUUCGCAGUGUGCCGCACUACCGGAAGUUCCGCAUGCCAAUGUUACCGUAUUGAAUGGGCAAGGUCGUUCUUACGGAACCAUAGUGCGUUACGAGUGCGAACCAGGCUACAUAAGAACUGGACCACCAGUAAUUUUAUGUAUGAGUAAUGGCACUUGGUCUGGAGAGGUGCCAACGUGUUCGAGAGCAAAGUGUCCAGAAUUUCCGGAAAUCAAAAACGGGUUCUUCACCGACGCCUCACGAACGUACUAUUUUAAUGACGAAGCGCGGGUACAAUGUUACAAAGGGUACAAAUUAGUUGGUACCAACAUCAUCCGAUGCGGAGAGAACCAACUUUUUAAUAAUCCACCUAAAUGCGAAGAUGUUAAUGAAUGUAUUAGCAGCCAGUGUGAUGGCGCAUCGACGGAGUGUAUCAACUCCGCGGGUUCCUUCUACUGCAAAUGCAAGAAAGGUUUCGCUCCUACAUUGGAAUGUAGACCAGUGGGAGAUCUGGGUCUUACUAAUGGAGGCAUUCCAGAUGAAGCAAUUAUGGUCUCUAGUAGCGAACCAGGAUACGACAAAACGAUGGUCCGUUUGAACAGCGGCGUGGGCUGGUGCGGAAACACCAUCGAAGGUGGUUCCAACUGGGUUCUCAUCGAUUUGAAAGCUCCAACAAUUAUACGAGGGUUCAGAACAACCAGUGUACCACGCCCUGAUGACACUCUCGCCUACACUUCCGCAGUGCGAAUUCAAUACACCGACGACCUGACUGACGUUUUUAAAGAUUACCGCAACCCAGACGGCACAGCCGUGGAGUUCAGAAUCUUGGAACCUACCCUGUCCAUUCUCAACCUCCCGGUUCCCAUUGAAGCCCAGUACAUAAAGUUCAAAGUGCAAGAUUACGUGGGAGCUCCCUGUUUGAAACUUGAAAUUAUGGGCUGCACCCGACUCGAGUGUGCCGACAUCAACGAGUGCGCUGUUAACAACGGCGGUUGUGAUCAAAAGUGUGUUAACAGUGCUGGUGAUUUCUCGUGUAGCUGUAAUGUAGGCUUCGAAUUGUACACACGUAAUGGAACCGCAGCUUACUUGAUUGAAAAAAGUGAAAAUGGUUUGCGAGACGGUGAUACACAUCAAGUAAACAAAUCGUGUGUUCCUGUGAUGUGUCCCAGUUUGAGCGCCCCCGAAAAUGGACUCCUCUUAUCAACCAAAGAAAAAUACCAUUUCGGUGAUCUGGUUAGGUUCCAAUGUAACUUUGGGUACGUUUUGUCGGGAUCGUCAGCACUGUUGUGUACCUCCACUGGAAGCUGGAAUGGAUCCAUGCCCGAGUGUUCCUAUGCUCAAUGCGUUUCGCUACCUGACGACAAAAACGAAGGUUUGAAAAUCCUCCGGGCCGACGAAAGUAGCGUUUUGGUACCUUUUAGAGAAAACGUUACCUUGAAUUGUGGUAGCACUGGUAGAAAAUUGCGAGGAACGUACACGGCUAGUUUUAGGCAGUGCGUCUACGAUCCGAAACCGGGUUUCCCCGACUACUGGCUAAGUGGUGCGUCACCUUCAUGCCCCAGAGUCGACUGCGGUCUUCCACCACCAACUCCCGGUGCCGAAUAUGGAAAAUACGUUGACACUAAGUACCAAUCUUCCUUUUUCUUCGGUUGUCAAAACACCUUCAAAUUAGCCGGACAAAGCAGCAAACACGACAACAUCGUCCGCUGUCAAGCUAACGGAGUAUGGGAUUUCGGUGACCUACGUUGCGAAGGACCCGUAUGUGAAGACCCCGGUCGUCCAAGUGACGGUCACCAAAUUUCAAAAAGUUACGAACAAGGCUCCGAAGUUAGCUUCAGUUGUAACAGACCUGGUUACAUUUUAAUCAACCCCAGACCCAUUACUUGCGUUCGAAAUCCCGAGUGUAAGGUCGUAAGACCCCUGGGAUUAGCCUCCGGGAGAAUUCCCGACUCGGCUAUCAAUGCGACUAGUGAAAGACCUAACUACGAAGCCAGAAAUGUUAGAUUGAAUUCAGUGACUGGAUGGUGUGGUAAACAAGAAGCUUUCACUUACGUGAGCGUCGAUUUGGGAAAAGUGUAUCGAGUUAAAGCUAUUCUAGUCAAAGGUGUGGUUACCAAUGAUAUUGUCGGUAGACCGACUGAGAUCAGAUUCUUCUAUAAGCAAGCAGAAAAUGAAAACUAUGUUGUUUAUUUCCCCAAUUUCAAUCUGACGAUGAGGGAUCCUGGAAACUUUGGAGAACUGGCGAUGAUUUCGUUACCAAAAUAUGUCCAAGCUAGGUUUGUUAUAUUGGGGAUCGUCAGCUAUAUGGAUAAUGCGUGCUUGAAAUUUGAACUGAUGGGUUGUGACGAAAUAGAUGCAGAGCCGCUUCUGGGAUACGAUUAUGGAUAUUCCCCGUGUGUUGACAACGAAACGCCCGUUUUCCAAAACUGUCCUCAGCAACCUAUCGUAGUACAAAAAGAUGCCAACGGUGGACUUCUUCCUGUCAACUUCACAGAACCUACAGCUGUUGACAAUUCCGGAAGCAUCGCUCGUCUUGAAGUUAAACCGGCGAACUUUAGAACUCCCAUACAUGUUUUUCAAGAUACAGUAGUUAAAUACGUUGCCUUUGAUUACGAUGGCAAUGUUGCCAUUUGUGAAAUCAACAUCACCGUUCCAGAUAACACUCCACCAAAAUUGAGUUGUCCUCAAAGCUAUGUCAUCGAAUUAGUGGACCGACAAGACAGUUACGCCGUUAACUUUAACGAAACACGCCGUAGAAUUAACACAACGGACGACUCUGGAGAAGUUCGUGUAACUUUCAUCCCGGAUAAAGCUACCAUUACCAUUGGAACCUUCGAAAAUGUAACCGUUGUAGCCACUGACAAGUACGGAAAUAAAGCUUCUUGUCACUUCCAAGUGUCCGUUCAAGCAACACCGUGCGUUGACUGGGAGCUAAAACCACCAGUUAACGGUGCUUUAAAUUGUUUACCUGGUGAUAAAGGUUUGCAGUGUAUUGCUACAUGUAAUCCAGGCUAUAGGUUUACGGAUGGUGACCCGGUCAAAACAUUUUCGUGCGAUGCUAAGACCCCAUGGACUCCUACUUCUGUAGUACCUGAUUGUGUUUCUGAAAAUACUCAACAAGCUGACUACCACGUCACUGCAACGGUUAACUACCGAGCAAACGGUGCAGUUGCUACAUCGUGCCUAAACCAAUACACAGAUUUAAUCGGCCAGUAUUACACAAAUCUCAACAACGUAUUAUCAGAGAAGUGUUCUGCCGUCAACGUAAAAAUGAACGUGUCGUUCCUGAAGGCAGUAGCCGCUCUAAUUAAAGAAAAUGUGGUCAAAAUUGACUACAUUUUGAAUAUAGUUCCGGUUAUUCGUCAACCCCAAAUCUACGAUCUUUGCGGAAGCACAUUGAACCUAAUGUUUGACUUGUCCGUGCCAUACGCCAAUGCUGUGAUUGAACCUUUACUUAAUGUAUCGGCCAUAGGUAACCAGUGUCCUCCAUUGAAAGCCUUAAACUCGAGCAACAUUCGGGGAUUCACCUGCAGCGUCGGUGAAGUACUGAACAUGGACACCAACGACGUCCCUCGAUGCUUACACUGUCCCGCUGGAACAUUCGCCGGCGAAAAACAAAAAGAGUGUACCUACUGUGCUCGGGGAUACUACCAGAACCGCGAUCGUCAAGGUUCCUGCAACAGAUGUCCCCAAGGAACCUACACUCGUGAAGAAGGAUCCAAGAGUCUGCAUGACUGUAUUCCAGUCUGUGGUUACGGCACCUAUUCACCAACUGGAUUAGUACCUUGUUUGGAGUGUCCUCGUAAUAGUUUCACCAGUGAACCACCUACCGGAGGGUUCAAAGACUGCCAAGCUUGCCCUGCCAAUACUUUCACUUAUCAACCGGCGGCUCCUGGGAAGGAUCGUUGCAGACCUAAAUGUAGCCCCGGCCACUACUCCCCAACUGGAUUAGCCCCUUGCUCUCUGUGCCCACGCGACUUCUACCAAUCCCUUCCUGGACAAACCACAUGCAACGAAUGUCCCACGAACAUGAAAACCGAAGGACCUGGUGCUGCUGGCCGAGAUGAGUGUCACCCCGUCCAGUGCACCGAAAAUGCGUGUCAACACGGUGGCCUCUGCGUUCCCCUGGGUCACAACAUCCAGUGUAUUUGCCCCGCUGGAUUUUCAGGAAGACGUUGCGAAAUUGACAUUGACGAAUGUUCGUCACAGCCGUGUUAUAACGGUGGUACUUGCAUCGAUUUGCCUCAGGGUUAUAGAUGUCAAUGCGCUCCCGGUUAUGCCGGCAUUAACUGCCAAGAGGAAAGGUCAGAUUGUAGGAAUGAUACAUGUCCAGAACGUGCCAUGUGUAAAGAUGAGCCCGGUUAUAAUAACUAUACUUGUUUGUGUCGAUCUGGUUAUACUGGAAGAGACUGCGACAUUACGAUUGACCCUUGCAGCGCUUCUGGUAACCCGUGCAAUAACGGUGCAACUUGCAUCGCGUUACAACAAGGCAGAUUUAUGUGCGAAUGUUUACCCGGCUGGGAAGGUCAGACUUGCGAUAUUAACAUCGACGACUGUGCGGAGAAACCUUGUUUACUAGGAGCGAACUGCACUGAUUUAGUGGCCGACUUUACUUGCAGCUGCCCUGCUGGGUUUACGGGAAAAAGGUGUCAAGAUAAAAUCGAUUUGUGUGGACGCGGACCAUGCAAAAAUGGUGUUUGUGUGGAUAGAUUGUUCUACCACGAAUGCGUUUGUAAUCCGGGCUGGACCGGAGAAGCUUGUGACUCCAAUAUAAACGAUUGUGCCCAAAAUCCGUGCGAAAACGGUGGUCAUUGCCUAGAUGAAGUCAACGACUUUACAUGUACAUGUGAACCAGGCUUUACUGGAAAGAAAUGUCAACAUACCAUUGAUUUUUGUUCUUCGGAACCUUGUCAAAAUGGGGCUAGUUGCACGGACUUGGUGGAUGGCUUCGCCUGCAAGUGCAGACCUGGUUUUGUUGGUCUACAGUGUGAAGCGGAAAUCGACGAAUGCUUAAGUGACCCUUGUAACCCAAUAGGCACGGAAAGGUGCGUCGACUUGGAUAACAAAUUCGUGUGUAUGUGCCACGAAGGUUACUCUGGAACGCACUGCGAAGAAAACAUAGACGACUGUAAAUCUGAUCCUUGCCUUAACGGAGGCUCCUGUAGGGACGAAGUGGGUUCCUACAGGUGCGUGUGUCAACCAGGAUGGACUGGAAUUAACUGCGAAGUAGACAUUGGUAGCUGCCAAACUAGACCGUGCCAGAACGAUGCCAACUGCAUCGAUCUAUUCCAAGACUACUUCUGCGUAUGUCCAUCGGGAACCGACGGAAAACAAUGUGAAACGGCGCCCGAACGCUGCAUUGGAAACCCUUGCAUGCAUGGUGGAAAGUGCCAAGACUUCGGCUCAGGUCUCAACUGUUCUUGCUCUGAUGGUUUCACCGGUGUGGGAUGUCAGUACGAAUACGACGCGUGUCAGUCAAACGCUUGUAAAAACGGAGCAACGUGCACGAAUAAUCCGUUUGGAUUCAAGUGUGUGUGUGCACCAGGGUUCACCGGCAAAUACUGCGAGGAAGAUAUCGCUGAUUGUAAAGAGAAUUCGUGUCCACCAAGCGCCACUUGUAUUGAUUUGACGGACCGAUUCUACUGCCAGUGUCCGUUCAAUCUAACCGGCGAGGACUGCAGAAAGACAAUAUCUGUGGACUACGAUUUGUACUUCAGCGACGCCACUCGAAGUUCCGCUUCACAAUCUAUACCAUUCUAUACAGGGUCUAAAUCCAGUCUCACGAUAGCAAUGUGGGUACAGUUCACACAGAAAGACGAAAACGGGAUUUUCUUCACCUUGUACAGCGUCACAUCCAAGCAUAUUCCAAAAGACCGAAGACCUCUAAUUCAAGCCCACUCAAACGGCGUUCAGGUUUCCAUUUUCCCAGACCUACAAGACGUGUACUUGAGUUACCGCGACUACACAACCGUGAAUGACGCACAGUGGCACCACAUAGCCAUCAUGUGGGACGGUGAAAAUGGCGGAGAACUCAAACUAAUCACUGAAGGUUUAAUAGCUAGUAAAGUAGAUGGGUAUGGCAGCGGACGCAAAUUACCAGAAUAUGCGUGGGUUACGUUAGGUAAACCUCAAUCCGGCAAUCCCAAAGCUUACACAGAAUCAGGCUUCCAAGGUCACUUAACUAAAGUACAGAUAUGGGGACGGGCUUUAGACGUUACCAACGAAGUACAAAAGCAAGUCAGAGAUUGUCGAACGGAACCCGUUCUAUACAGAGGUUUGAUUCUGACCUGGGCUGGCUACGAAGACACUAUUGGAGGUGUCGAACGAAUAGUACCUUCACACUGUGGACAACGGAUCUGUGCUCCCGGCUACGUCGGCGCCAAGUGUCUAGAAUUACAAGUGGAUAAGAUUGCUCCUAAGGUUGAAUACUGUCCUGGAGAUUUAUGGAUUAUUACAAGAAACGGGUCGGCUCUCGUGUCAUGGGAUGAACCUCACUUCAGUGAUAACGUCGGCGUCGUGAAAAUACUAGAGAAGAGUGGCCACAGGCCUGGACAGACGCUUCUAUGGGGCAUGUACCAAAUCGCCUACGUCGCACUAGACGAAGCUGGUAAUUCAGCAACGUGUAGCUUCAAAGUCUCCGUACUCUCUGAAUUCUGUCCCGAACUUCCGGAUCCUGUUGGAGGCGUCCAAACCUGUAAAGACUGGGGAGCGGGAGGCCAAUUCAAAGUGUGCGAAAUCGCCUGCAAUCAAGGCCUGCGCUUUUCACAAGAAAUACCCAAAUUCUACACUUGUGGAGGCGAAGGUUUCUGGAGACCGACCGCCAACCCGAAUCUUCCCAUGGUGUACCCCGCGUGUUCCCCAUCCAAACCGGCGCAGCGCGUUUUCAAAAUCUCGAUGUUGUUCCCAAGCUCCGUUCUUUGUAACGAGGCCGGCCAGGGAGUUCUACGACAAAGAGUCCGCAACGCUGUUAACAGUCUGAACAGAGACUGGAACUUCUGCUCGUUCUCGGUGGAAGGAACGCGGGAAUGCAAAGAAUUGGGUAUUGACGUUAAGUGUGACCACAGGACCAGCAGACAGGUUAGACAAGCGAAUGACGACGAUGACGGUGGUACCUACGUCAUUAACGCCAGCGUUCCUGUUGAAAAAACUGCUCGCCAAGGACGGCAAUCAUCAAGCGACACCUACAACAUUGACAUCUCCUUCCCGGCAGUAAACGACCCUGUGGUCAACUCAAACACCAAUGAGCGAUCAUCGGUUAAAAUCUUGUUGGAGAAACUCAUUCUGGAGGAGGACCAAUUCGACGUGCGCGAUAUUUUACCGAAUACUGUACCAGACCCAUCAUCUUUGCUUCUGGAAUCUGACUACGCCUGUCCUGUGGGACAAGUCGUGAUGGCUCCAGAUUGUGUCCCUUGUGCUAUUGGAACGUACUACGAUAAGAAAACGAAAACGUGCUCGCCGUGCCCUCAAGGGUCAUACCAGAGCGAAGCAGGUCAACUGCAAUGUAUCCAGUGUCCGGCAAUUGCAGGCCGCCCUGGAGUCACUGUCGGAGUAGGAGCCCGCAGCGCCGCUGACUGCAAAGAACGUUGUCCCGCUGGAAAAUACUACGACCACGACGCCGGGUUGUGUCGCAGCUGCGGCCACGGGUUCUACCAACCCGAGGAAGGUUCAUUCUCUUGUCAAAUUUGCGGAUUGGGUAAAACAACUCGUACCAGCGAAGCUGUUUCACAGAAAGAGUGCCGCGAUGAGUGUGAAAGCGGCAUGCAACUGGCCCUAGACGGUAAAUGUGAGGCUUGUCCUCGUGGAACGUACAGGACCCAAGGAAUACAAGCAGCCUGUCAGGGUUGUCCCUUAGGGCGAACGACACCUAAAUCGGGCGGCAUGACCAUCGAGGAGUGUUCGCUGCCGGUGUGUUCCCCUGGAACGUACCUAAACGGUACCUUGAACAGCUGCAUCGCUUGUAAGAAGGGUUUCUUCCAGUCGGAAUCGCAACAAACGACUUGUAUUCCUUGUCCGCCGAACACGAGCACGAAGAGUACAGCUGCGACCAGUAAAGCUGAGUGUACUAAUCCUUGUGAGAUGAACGGGCCUGAAAUGCAUUGCGACCCUAACGCUUAUUGUUUGCUGAUCCCCGAGACCAGCGACUUUAAAUGUGAAUGUAAACCCGGGUUCAACGGUACUGGCAAGGAAUGCAUCGAUGUGUGCGACGGUUAUUGCGAUAACGACGGGACUUGUGUGAAGGAUGUCCGAGGGCAACCUUCCUGUAGAUGCAUCGGUAGUUUCACUGGAAGGCACUGCACGGAGAAGUCGGAAUUCGCUUACAUCGCCACAGGAAUCGCCCUAGCAGUUGUGAUAAUCAUCAUAAUUGUGCUUUUGAUUUGGAUGAUCUGUGCAAGAUCUCAUCGCAGGAAAGAACCAAAGAAACUCUUAACCCCAGCGACGGAUCAGAACGGGUCUCAGGUGAACUUCUACUACGGAGCUCCGACUCCCUACGCUGAAAGUAUAGCUCCGAGCCAUCACUCGACUUACGCCCACUACUACGACGACGAGGAGGACGGCUGGGAAAUGCCGAACUUCUACAACGAAACGUAUAUGAAGGAGAGUCUUCAUAACGGAGUCAACGGAAAAAUGAAUAGUUUAGCGAGAUCGAAUGCCAGUAUUUAUGGUACAAAAGACGAUUUGUACGAUAGACUAAAGCGACACGCUUACCCGGGCAAGAAAGGUAACAACGAACAAAAGUGACAGUGACAGCGAAGGUCAAUAGUUAAUCUGGUCAGCAAUUAAAUUAAUGCUCAAGUAGCACAACAAAUGUCUAGUGAACAAUUUUUUUACUUGUUAAUGUGUUAUCGUAAGUACUACCAUAGUUGUUAAUUUAUAUUAAUUUUUAUGUAAAAUAUUAACAAUAUGUUCAGUUGUGUUGUGUGAAUAGUAUUUUGUAAUGUAUUUUUACUGUGUAAUUUUCGUACCUUUCCCCGCUUGUUAUUUAUAGUCACGAACUGUCUUUUAUACUUUUAUACAAACUGAUAUUUAAAAUGUAGUUAUUGUAAUUAUGUAGAACUCUAAAGAGAUGUAAGUAUUUUUAAUUAUUUCGUUAUGUGUGUGUGCGUCAGUGCGAAUGUGAAAGUUUUGUAUACUUUUAUACUU